CCCAUUCACAGGGAGAAGGUGAUUCCAGCGUCUGGGGGACUUCUCUGUCUUCUCUGGCAACCUGAUCGACGAACAUCACCAACGCCCAUAAAGUGGCGAUUUACAGGAAAUGAACGGAGCCGCUGGAAGAGGAGCCGUGUGUUUCUGUUGAGUCCGGCCGGCUCAGUUGUGUCAGUGCGGUGGUCGUGAUUUUGGAGCGAAGCCUAUUGUGUAACGGUAUCAGUUAUAGCUCUCUGAUGUAUAACAUCAACUGUGUAAGUUAGCUGCUUUAUUACUGCGUAGCUAGCUCUCCCUGCUCCGGACUGACACACCGCUGAUUUCGACUGUUUGAUCCCCGUCCACCCGAAAAAUGGCAACCAGAAUCGAUAAAGAGGCUUGCAGAGAGGCUUACAACCAAGUCAGAGACGAUAACUCGGACACCAAUUGGGCUGCGUUCAAAUACGAGGGCUCUAUGAUCAUACCUGCAGGACAAGGCUCUGACUAUGAGGACUUCAAGAGGAUGUGCACAGAUGACUCUCGUCUGUUCGGCUUCGUCCGGAUCACAACGGGAGACGCCAUGAGCAAACGAGCCAAGUUCACUCUCAUCACCUGGAUCGGCGAGAACAUCAGCGGGCUGCAGCGCGCCAAGAUCAGCACCGACAAGGCGAUCGUCAAAGAGAUCGUGCAGAACUUUGCCAAGGAGUUCAUGUUAAGUGACCUGAGGGAACUGGACGAGGACUACAUCCGUAUGGAGCUGAAGAAGGCGGGUGGGGCCAACUAUGAUGCUCAGGCUGAGUAGAGAAGGGCCGCAGUCCACUGGAAGGGUCGAG